GAACCCAAGUGCGACCAUAAACCGGUCUGGCCUUGCUCUCAGCCCUAGCAAUUGAUAAAUUUUCCAUUUCUUAAAAGUCGUUGGCACCAGCCAAAGAGGGAGAAAGAGAGUAAAGUUUGAAUAUUGAACAAAUAUGGAAGGAGGUGAAGGAGGGAGCUUAGUAAUCCUAGAAUCUGUGAUGAGUUCAGUGAGGACAACGCUAGUAAACAUUCAAAAUCUGAGUAAUCAUUUGCUGCAAUUCUUGUCUCUCUCAGAACCUGAUGUCCUUGCACAAACCCCCCUUCAACGCGCUCAGGCUUUCUUCUCGCUUGCCGAAGCCACUGCUACUCUUUUCACUUUGAGGUUGAGAUGCAGUGGUGUGCACCCAGAUGACCAUCCUAUUAAAUCAGAGCUUGAGAGAUUAAACUUGUAUCAAGGCAAGUUAGAGCGGUUCAUUGACUUAAGUAAAGCAACAUUGCGACCCUUAACUACCUUGAACUCUCAGGCAGCAGCCCGUUUCAUUGAGCAUUCUUUACCCGACCCGACCCCUGAGCAGAGACGAAGUACGAGGCAAAUCAGUAAAGGAGAGGGGCCAAGGAUCAAAUAUUCAGACAGUGGUGUUAAAAAGAAGCGAAAAUACCAAUCAUCUGAUAAGCAAUCUGCUCAAGAUGCUGCUAGAGAAUUUCUUGAGAAGAUGGCCCGUGAACUUUGUGAUGAUAAUAAAGAUGGUUUUAAGAGGCCUCUGCAGGUUGAUGCUUCAGAUGAUGACCUGCCUUUGAGCUGAUCCUCCAGUUAAUC